AUGAAUCCCGUCCCCGCCGCCGACGACGACGGCCACCGCCGCUCGCCUUCACCAGGCGCGCCCGCCCCGGACCCAUACGACGGCGGCAGCGGGUGGGGGAGCGACAAGCAGCCGACGCGCGCGGAGGAGGGCCGCCCCGUCGGGAAGGCCGCCAUGGAACCCUCGCCGUCCACCAUCUCCGACGACGGCGGCGACCAAGAAGACGGCGGCAGCGACGACCUGACGCGCGCCGUGUCCCUGCUGUCGCUCGCGGAGGCGGGGCUCACCCUCACCGCCGGGAAGCCUGGGUCCGCCCCCCGCACCGUAGAUCCGUCGCCGCCGGCCUCCACCGUCUCCUCCCAUGGUCACCAAGGUACCCAGCCGCAUUCCCCGCUCAUCACACCUGCGAGUGGUUCCACGCGUGGCUCGGAACCAGAUGACGAUGAUCUCGCCGGCGUGAACAAGCGAACGCACGCGAGGUUCCUCGUCACCCACGCCGAGGCCGGGCUCAUCAUCGGGGCGGGCGGGUCCACCAUCGCUGCCAUUGAGGCCCGCUCCGGCGCCCGGGUCAGGCUCUCCCGCCACGACCAGCUCCUCCCCGGCACUGACCGCAGGGUUGUGCUCGUCUACGGCCUCCUCAGCCAGGUCAUGGAGGCCAUGGAGCUACUCCUCCAAAGGCUCCUACUCUACCAGGUUCAGGGUGACCAGGCGUCCGACUCUGAGGCCACGCUAGUGCUGGUGGUGCCUCAGCCCUGCUGCGGCGCGCUGAUUGGCAAAGGAGGAUCUGUUAUCAAGUCAUUCACUGAAGCUUCAGAAACUGCAAUUCAGGUCUCACCACAGAACAGCUCCUAUGGCUUCAACGACAGGCUGGUCACCAUCACAGGGCCCUUGGAUAAUCGAUUGCGAGCAGUAUUUCUGAUAAUAUUCGAGCUGCUAGAGGACAUUCGUUAUUUGUUUCCUUGUGCAGCUGCUAUGCCAAACACUCCAAUGAGAUCACCUGUCAACAAGGAUGCCCAAGAAUCUGUCACUAUUAGUGUUGCUGAUGAGCAUAUGGGUGCUGUUAUUGGUCGUGGUGGAAGGAUUAUCAAUGAGAUCAGCAAGGUUAGCGGAGCAUGGAUCGACAUCUCAGGCAAGGGGGAGUUCAUACCCGGGACCCGCGACAGGGAGGUGACUAUGAGGGGCACAUCAGAGGCGAUCCGUGCAGCCGAGGCGAUUAUCAUGCACUGCGUCUCCGUGGCCAGCGGCAACUUCACGGGGCGGAGGGCGGAGGGCAGAAGUGGCAAGGGUCUGCUUAGCAGGCUGGAUGAGGAGGAUGCUGAUGCAUCGGCUGAAUCUGAGUGA